AUGACUGGGCAUUUUUCUUUCUUUUUUCUUGUCGCGAUCCACCAGUUUGGAGGGGGGGUGGGGAGGAGCUCGAGGACCACCCCGAGUCCAUGCGUUGCAUUCGCCAAUUUUGGGCCACUCGGGUUCUUCCUCUGCGCCUCCCUUGGGUCCGAUCUAAUGGAACAAGGCCUGGCUGCGCCCUCCUCUUACUUGGGGAAAGGGUCGGGAAAACAGCCACAGGAAACACAAAGACCGACCCCCAUGUUCACGAUAUGCCAUCCUACUAUGGUUUCUGGCUAUUGUAGCAUGUCGAAUUAUCCGUUCGAGGACAAGUCCUACUGCACAUAUCCCUGGCUUGGUUCUCCUCCCAUCUGCAUGAGUAGUUUGUCCGCAAAUGCAGGGGCAGAGCAAGAACUCGGCGAGAAAGAAACGACUUUGGACGCCUGUGGCUUUUUUCCCUUUGAGCCCUAUUACAUUUACAGACAAGACUUGAAGGCUAGACCUCGUACCUGGACGGUGUCGCCAUUGGCGUCUGACUUAUGGAUCAAGAGGGCCUCGGCACUUUCAGAAGAGUGGCUUCCAUUGGGCGGAGUUUGGACCGACGAUGUGUAA